AAUCAUAUGAAAUCAACUGUACCUAACAUUCUUUUCUUCUAUAUAAACCCCCAAAAACUAUCCUAGUUUUUCCUUGCAAUUCUAUCACAAAAUGUCUUCCUCAAUCUACAUUAUUUUCUCACUUUCUCUGUUCUCUCUCUUCAUCCACCCUGCAUUCUCUCAAACCACAUGUAAAUCACUUAAACUCUCCUCCAACGUUACCUUUGAAAAUUGCAAUGAUCUCCCCACCCUAGAUGCAGUCCUACAUUGGACUUAUGACACCUCCAAGUCCUCCCUCUCCAUGGCCUUCACGGCCUCGCCCCCACAACCCGAUGGUUGGGUUGGAUGGGGCUUGAACCCUACGGCCCCGGGCAUGAAAGGUGCCCAAGUACUCGUAGCUCACAAGGGAAAGGACUCAGUAACCGUAGACACAUAUGACCUACGUGAUUAUCAUGACAUCAAGAAGGGACCUAUUUCUUACAAUGUUAGCUCCCUCUCUGCCGAGGAGACUUCCGGCAAGAUCACCGUGUUCGGCACGUGGGUCAUACCCAAGGGUGAGUCAACGGUCAACACGGUGUGGCAGGUCGGACCUAUGAUGAAAGAUGGCAUAGGAAAGCAUGCAAUGGAGCCGGCCAAUCGUAAUGCCGUGUUGAAGCUUAGCUUGACUGGUGCUGGAGCUCCUGGAGGAUCUCCUGCCGGUUCGCCAUCGGGUUCAAGUUUCGGUGAUUCGGCUCCGCCACCGGGGACGGGUGCAGGGGAGAGACUGGUUUCAGGAGUUUUGGCCUUGGGGGCUAUUGUAGUUUCCAUGGUUGUUUAAUAAAACUUUGUUGUCUAUUUCCUCAUUUGUCUUUUCACAAUUAAAAUUUGGGUAUACUAUACAAAUUAGAAUGUACUCCAUAUCAUUUUUUUUUAAGAAGUUCUUUGACUUCUUUACAGAAACUUUUGAUCUUUUUGUUCCAUAUUUGAUAUGUUACCAAUAAAUCAAGACAGGAAAAGAGUCCGGCUAAUUUUUUAAUAAUUCUAUCAAGAAACAAUGUAUCUAUUGUGUCAUUACCAAUAUAACUAUAUUUGUCAUUGAAGGGUAAUUUAGGACAUUUCUUCUCUUGUUAGUUGCUAAAAGAAGUAUAAAAGACGGAUUUUUUUUAAUUCCCCAAUUUCUAGAGGAGAAAAAGAUAUUGUGAAUAAUGCAAAAAUAUAAUUUUUUUUUUUAAUAAUACGAAUGAUGAAUAUAUAGGGUGAAUUGUUUUUGGUGCAAGGGUAAAUUGAGAUGUUGGAUUUUAGUCUUUUUAAAUCUUGAAGUAAGGGAAAAUAAUUGAAUAUUUGCCUUUGUGUGUACUUAAUUGAGUUUGUGAUUAGAUCUGAAAUAAUGAUAUUUAGAUGAUUGAUGCAUGAACGUACACUAAUGACUACAUCUUCGGCAUAAAUUAUUAGAACAAGUUCUAUGAAUUUUAGUAGAUGAGAUUGUUCCACAUGAGAGGUCCACAAAAUGCUGAUGAAUGUUCCAAUCUCUUAGUAAACUAAAACAUAGAAACAUGGUUGCUUUUUCAUAGCAAACA